CCGACAUACUCGUACGCGAUCAACCGCCCGGUCACAUUCAAGUACAAUGACCGCACCAAUGGAGGUGCGUACUCAACACGAAGCCUCGAGCCUCCUUCCGAACGAGGCGGCGAUAAAGGCGACCGACGUCGACACGUUGGCGCCUCCCACGAUGUACCGGCGUCAACAGCUUCAGUCGCUCCUCUCCAUGGCCAUCCAGCUCUCGAUCAACCAAAUGGUCCGCCGCGUCUUCCUCGUGACCGACACCGCGUUCCUUGGCCACCUCGGCACAAAAGAGCUCGCGGGUGCGGCCCUCGCCAACCUCUGGAUCAACGUCCCGUUCAACUCGGUCCAGUAUACGCUGACCAUUCUGGCGAGCACCGCGCGCGGUGCGGGCGAGUUUGACCAGAUUGGUCUGUGGCUGCAGACGUCGCUGCUCUUUGCGCUCGUGGCCUGCGUCCCCGUCGGGCUUUUGCACCUCUUUGUCGGCGACCUCGUCGGCAUGACGAUGCACGACCAAGCCACGAUCGCCUUUGCGCAGCAGUAUGGCUUCACCAUUGCCAUCGGUUUGCUCCCACGGUAUCUCUACGCGUGCCUCACAGCGUACUUCGCCACCAUUGAUGUCGUCCAGCCAGCGACGAUCACGAGCCUCGUUGCGAUCACACUCAAUGUGGCGCUCAACCAAGUUCUUAUCUACGGCAUCGAUGGCUAUUGGUCGGGUUUGGGCUUUAUCGGCUCGCCGCUGGCCUCAGCUUUGAGCUCGUGCGUCCAACUCGCCCUCUUCGCGACCUACACGAUCGGUUGGAAACAAUACCAUGUUCCAUAUUGGAACGGAUGGACCCGUGCUGCGUUCCGCACCGACCAAAUUGCAACGUUUUUGGCGCUGCUCUUGCCCAUGGCCGCGUCGUCGCUUGUCGACUGGGCGAGCUUGACAAUCGCAGGCUCGUCCCUUAGCAUACUCGCGCCUUCGUAUUCAGCUGCCAACGCGGUUCUCUUGGGGCUCUUUGGUGUCAUGUACGCCUGCGCCAGUGGCUUCUCGGCCGCAACGCAGAUAUACUUGUCGCGUAGCAUUGGCGCUGGCAACAUGCCGGCCGCCAAGACAUACCUCAUGCUUGGCGUCCUUCUCAUGGCGCUUAUGGCAGCGCUGCUCAUGAGCUGCCUCGCCGUGAUCCAAAGAAUUGUGUUUGGUCUCUGGACUUCGGACCACGCCGUGUUGCACCACUGCGUGGGGGCGUUCGUACCAUUCUCAGUUGGUGUGGGUAGUCUAUUUUUCCGCUUCCUCUUGAGCUCGAGUGCGAACGCUGUCGGCCUCGAGCGCUACGCACUGUUUGCCAACAACGUCGGUGCGUGGCUAGUCUUUAUCCCGCUCACGCAAUUGAGUGUUGUGCAUUGGCACGGCGCCCUGCGCGGGUACUGGGGCGCAAAUGCUCUCAGCGAAAUCAUCAAGAUCGUGCUGCUCGGGUGGGGCCUCGCGCGAAGAGAUUGGACCGUGCACGUCAACGCCACAUCCAAAGAGUCGGAAGCGUAAUACGUUGCGUCGGAGGAAUGGUAUCUCAUGCGGAUCAGAUGCACUACGCAAAGGCCAUCUAGACGAGCACCGUAGCUAACUUUAUGGUUAUGAAAUAUUCACGAUAAUGCAGUGUCCGAAAGACACACACGCAACCCGUAAGGUUGUACCUUUGUA